CGCUGCGACGUUCACCGCCGCCACUUCGGAUCGCCGCGCUCAGUGCUCGAUGAGCUCGAGCUCAGCACGUCCACCUGCCGGGAUCCAAACACAGCUCAGGUGUUUCCUUCCCGCUUUGUCUCCCCUCUGGGCCGCUGACCGUGCAGGUGACCGCCGGGAUGGUCUCUCUGAAGCGAGAAAGAGACGUGGAGCUGGAUGACGACGACGAGGAGGAAGGAGUGGCAGCCAAAGUGGGCCGAGGACGUGACCCGGAGGACCGCAGGAGCCGCCACUGUCCCUACCUUGACACCAUAAACAGGAGUGUGCUGGACUUUGACUUUGAGAAGCUGUGCUCCAUCUCCCUCUCUCACAUCAACGUCUACGCCUGUCUCAUCUGUGGGAAAUACUUUCAGGGUAGAGGUCUGAAGUCUCAUGCGUACACUCACAGCGUGCAGUUUACCCACCACGUGUUCCUCAAUCUACACACACUCAAGUUCUACUGUCUGCCAGACAACUAUGAGAUUAUUGAUUCUUCACUGGAGGACAUCACAUAUGUGCUGAAGCCCACCUUCACCAAGCAGCACAUCUCAGGGCUGGACAAGCAGGGUAAACUUUAUCGAGCCUAUGAUGGUACCACCUACCUGCCAGGUAUUGUAGGGCUCAACAACAUCAAGGCCAACGACUACGCCAACGUGGUGUUACAGGCUCUCUCCAAUGUUCCUCCAUUGCGGAACUACUUCCUGGAGGAGGAAAACUACAAAGGAAUCCGCAGGCCGCCGGGUGACAUCAUGUUCCUGCUGGUGCAGAGGUUCGGCGAGCUGAUGCGUAAACUGUGGAACCCGAGGAACUUCAAGGCCCACGUGUCACCCCAUGAGAUGCUGCAGGCCGUGGUGCUGUGCAGCAAGAAGAACUUCCAGAUUACCAAGCAAGGGGAUGCGGUGGACUUCCUGUCGUGGUUCUUGAAUGCCCUGCACAGCGCCCUUGGAGGCACAAAGAAAAAGCCAUCAAUCAUCACCAAAGUAUUUCAAGGCUCCAUGCGCAUCUUCUCCAAGAAGCUUCCACACCCAGAUUUACCACCAGAGGAGAAGGAGGCGUUGCUGCUGAAGGAGGAGUACCAGGAGGAGAUGUCUGAGUCCACCUUCUUGUUCUUGACCCUUGACCUCCCCACUGCUCCACUAUACAAGGAUGAGAAGGAGCAGCUUAUUAUCCCACAGGUCCCUCUCUUCAACAUCCUGGCCAAGUUCAACGGCAUCACAGAAAAGGAAUACAAAACCUACAAGGAGAAUUUUCUCAAAAGGUUCCAGUUGACCAAACUGCCUCCCUACCUCAUCUUUUGCAUCAAAAGAUUCACUAAAAACAACUUCUUUGUGGAAAAGAACCCCACUAUUGUCAACUUCCCCAUCACCAAUGUAGACCUUCGUGAGUAUUUAACAGAGGAAGCUAUGGCAACAGAGAAGAAUACAACUUAUGACCUGGUGGCCAAUGUAGUGCAUGAUGGGAAGCCCUCCGAGGGAGCCUACAGAAUACAUGUCUUGCAUCACGGCACUGGGAAGUGGUACGAGAUGCAGGACCUGCAGGUGACUGACAUUCUCCCCCAGAUGAUCACGCUGUCAGAGGCCUACAUCCAGAUUUGGAAAAGACGAGAAGGUGAUGAUGACAAAAACAACCACACGGGGGCGUGAGUGAGGCAGGAAUUUCCUCACUGUGACUGACCAUCUUAGAGGCUGAAAUCACAUCAGAACUGAGUCAUGAGGCUGGCAUGAAAGGAUCACAACUUUUGUUUAUUCACACAGAAAAUCAAAUGUGUAAAUGUCUCCAUGUUUUUUUUCACCGUUUUAUCUUUUUACUGUCUGGAAUUUACUAAAUAAACUAGCUCCAAGACAUCUUU